CAAAAUGGGCCCCACUCCUGGCCUACAGAUGUCGACCGUUGCAAACUCUUCAAAUCCCUCCCGCCGCCACCCCCACAAACCCCACCGCCACCGUCUCCUCAAAUUUCAGAGAAUGCUUCCUCUCCCCCUUCUCCUCUUCACCUUCCUAAUCGUCCCCCCGGCCGCCAUUGCCGCCGACGAGAAAGCCAUUAUCAUCGACCUGAAGAAGUCCUUCCAUAUCCCCUCCGCCUCUUCACACUUCUUCCUCUCCUGGUCAACAUCAACCGCCUCGCCCUGCAACUACUCCGGCGUAUCCUGCACCACCGCCGGACUCAUCUCCUCCAUCGAUCUCACCGGACUCGGCAUCUCAGGAACCAUCCCCUUCUCCCUACUCUGCUCCCUCCCCUCCCUCUCUUCCCUAUCCCUCGGUUCCAAUCGCUUCUCCGGCAUAAUCUCCCCCGCCCUUCUAAACUGCUCCAAUCUCCUCCAUCUCGAUCUCGCAUUCAACUCCCUCGUCCGCUCAGUCCCAGAUCUCUCCCGUCUUUCCUCCCUGCGUGUUCUUAAUCUCACCCAAAACCUCCUCUCCGGACCCUUCCCAUGGCCAUCCCUAGCCAACCUCACUUCCAUCGAAUCCCUAAGCCUCGGCGAUAACUUCUUCGAUCCCAGCCCCUUUCCCACUGUAAUCACCACUCUCACCAAACUCAACUGGCUCUACAUCUCCGUCUGCAAUCUCCACGGCGAGGUCCCAACCGCAAUCGGAAACCUAACCGGCCUCGUUAAUCUUGAGUUCGCAGAUAACUUUCUCUCCGGCGAGAUCCCGCCGGAGGUCACGAAAUUGAAAAAUCUCUGGCAGCUGGAGCUUUACAAUAACUCAUUCACGGGAGAAAUUCCAGUGGGAUUUGGGAAUCUGUCCAAUCUCGCCUUCUUCGAUGCGUCCAUGAAUCAAUUGACAGGGGAUCUCUCUGAACUCCGGCAUUUGAGCGGCUUAGUGUCCCUCCAACUCUAUUACAACAAUUUCUACGGUAGCAUUCCGCAGGAGUUUGGAGAUUUCAGGAAAUUGGUUAAUCUCUCGCUUUACAAUAAUCAGCUCACCGGUCAAAUUCCGGUGAAGCUUGGGAGCUGGGCAGAGUUUAAUUUCAUCGACGUGUCGAGCAACUUCCUCACGGGACCGAUUCCUCCAGACAUGUGUAGGAUGGGGACGAUGAAGAAGCUUCUGGUGCUUGAUAACCAGCUCUCCGGCGAGAUUCCGGCUAGCUACGCCAACUGUUCCUCUCUGAUUCGGUUCAGAGUGAGUAAUAACUCCCUCUCCGGCGAGGGUCCAGCCGGGAUUUGGGGUCUUCCGGGUGUUCCAGCCGGGAUUUGGGGUCUUCCGAUCGUCAAUAUUAUAGACCUCGCAACGAACAGAUUCGAAGGCGAGAUCACGAAGGAUAUUGGUAGGGCAAAAUGUCUAUUCCAGCUAUACCUUUCCGGGAACCAGAUCUCCGGCGAGAUCCCGACAGAGAUCUCCGAGGCAUCGUCUCUGGUUACAAUCGACGCCAGUUCGAACCAACUAUAUGGUCAGAUCCCACCGAGCAUCGGGAAACUGAAGGCUCUCUCGAGCUUGAAUCUCGACAACAAUCACAUCACCGGCAAUAUCCCCGACUCCAUCGCCUCCUGCUCUGCGCUCAAUUCGAUAAUCCUGACAAGAAAUUCACUCUCCGGUCCGAUUCCUUCCAGCUUCGGCUCUCUUCCAAAUCUGAACACAUUGAAUCUAUCCGAUAACCACCUCUCCGGCGAGAUUCCGGCAAGCCUGGGUUCCCUAAAGCUCAGCUUACUGGACCUGUCCAACAACCUCCUCACCGGCAAGGUCCCUCCCCAACUCUCCAUCAACGCAUACAACGAGAGUUUCAUCGGCAACCCCGGUCUCUGCGGCGACAACAUUAACCAUCUCCAGCAAUGCUCUUCGCCUUCAUCAAGAAGCGAUAAGAUCCGUUUCGUCCUGAUAUCCUUCCUCAUCAUUCUUGUCCUGUUUCUCGCUAGCGCUCUGCUCAUCUUCUUCAGGAAGCGCAACAGCCGCGCCCUCCGUCUCUCGUCCGAUUCCUGGAACAUGAAGUCGUUCAGCAUCCUCACCUUCAAUGAGCAAGAGAUUAUCAGUUCGAUCCGGCCAGAAAACCUCGUCGGCAAGGGGGGUUCCGGCGAAGUCUACCGCGUCGUCCUGAGCAGCGGUCAUGUCGUCGCGAUCUCGACCCCCUGCUACGGCGGCGCCGCCGUGUCCGACGGAGCAGCGAUGCUGAAGCGUCGAUCAUUGAAACUCUCGAGAGAAUUCGACGCAGAAGUCGACACACUGAGUGCGAUCCGGCAUGUGAACGUCGUGAAGCUCUACUGCAGCAUCACCGGCGAGGAUUCCAGCCUGCUUGUGUACGAAUAUCUUCCCAAUGGGAGCCUAUGGGACCGGCUGCACUCGGCGGGCGUUGACAAAUUGGGGAAGUUGGAUUGGGAGACCAGAUUUGAUAUCGCUGUUGGUGCAGCACAUGGGCUGGAGUAUCUCCACCAUGGCUGCGAUCGACCGAUACUGCACCGUGAUGUCAAGUCCAGCAACAUACUUCUGGACGACGAUUUCAGGCCGCGGAUCGCGGACUUUGGCCUGGCGAAGAUCCUUCAUCGUUCCACCGAACCAGAUUCGGUUACUCACGUUGUUCCUGGGACGCAUGGUUACAUCGCUCCUGAGUACGCGUACACAUGGAAGGUGGAGGAGAAGGGCGAUGUGUACAGCUUCGGAGUUGUGCUGCUUGAGCUUGUCACAGGAAGGAGGCCUGUGGAGAAAGAUUUCGGGGAGGACAAAGACAUUGUCCGGUGGGUUGCGGGGAGGAUCAGGAGCCGAGAUGGUGGUGUGUUGGGAUUGAUUGAUGAGCACAUAUUGCUGGCAUCCGAGAAGAAGGAAGCAAUUCGUGUGCUUAGAAUUGCUUUGCUGUGCACUGCCGGUGAGCCCGGGAUGCGCCCGCCUAUGAGGAUUGUGGUCCAUAUGCUCGAGGAGAUUGCCGGCCAGCGAGCGGCCGCCGGCGAUGGCAAGUUGGAAGAAGGGUCUUUUGAGAAGAAGUGGUGCGCAUCUAGCUCCAUGGUGGAAGGAGCGUUAACAUGUUUCUUCAAGACAAAGCCAUCAAGUGGACACAUGUUUCCCAUGAAGCAUGGAAGCCAUCAUCAACAACCAACUCCCGCUCUAACAACCACUGCAACAAUGCCUCUCACUCAAUUCCUCCUCCUAUGCUUCCUCCCUCUUCUAUCUCUCUCUCAUCCCCAAUCUAGCUUCUUCAUCGAAAUGAAACAAUUCCUCUCCGGCCAACCCAUCUCCCACUGGAACCUCGCCGCCGGAAACUAUUGCAGGUUCUCCGGAAUAACCUGCGAUGAUGAUCACCACCGCAACAUCAUUGAGAUUGACCUCUCUUCCAUGUCGUUAACAGGCACCAUUCCCUCCACCAUCUGCACCUCCCUCCCAAUGCUCAGAGUACUCCGGUUGGGCUUCAACAACCUCCAUGGCGACCUCCCUGCUGACCUUCUGAACUGCUCUCAUCUACAAGAGCUCAACCUCACUAAUUCUGGCAUCGGAGGAACCAUCCCAGAUAUCUCCACUCUCUUCACUCUUCGUGUUCUAGACCUCUCAAACAAUCACUUUUCUGGUCAGUUUCCACUCUCCAUUACUAAUAUCACCAACCUUGAGGUUGUUAACUUCAACGAGAACCCGGGCUUCAAUAUCUGGUGGCUACCAGAGACUAUAACGAAGCUGAAGAAGCUCAAGGUAAUGAUCCUUUCUACUACAUCUAUGAGAGGAGAAGUCCAACCAUGGAUUGCGAACAUGACAUGGCUUACUGACCUUGAGCUCAGUGGCAAUUUGCUUGUUGGUCAGAUUCCGGCAGCCAUUGGAAGGAUGAAGAACCUCCAGCUUUUGGAGCUUUACUACAAUUUGUUGGAGGAUAAAAUACCGGAGGAACUUGGAAACCUGUCUAAGCUCAUAGAUAUUGACUUGUCUGGGAAUAGACUAACUGGUAGAAUACCUGAGAGCCUCUGUUUGUUGCUAAAGCUCAAGGUGUUGCAGCUCUAUAGCAAUAGACUUACUGGUCCAAUCUCACCGGUGCUUGGAAAUUCGACAUCACUAACCAUCUUGUCUCUGUACAAGAAUUUUUUUUCAGGGGAGCUUCCUCCCACUCUAGGAAAGUUUUCAGAGUUGAAGGUGUUGGAGAUUUCAGAGAACCAGUUCUUUGGUAAACUUCCAAGUGAAACCUGCACUGCAGGCAAGUUGCUAUACUUCUUGGUGCUUGACAACCAUUUUUCAGGGGAAUUGCCAGAAAAUUAUGAGAAAUGUCUGUCUCUGCUGAGGUUUAGAGUGAACAACAACCAGUUGAAGGGUUAUGUGCCCAGAAAGCUAUUUGAACUUCCUCAUGUUUCUAUUAUUGAUCUUAGCUUCAACCAAUUUGAAGGAACUGUGGACAGUUCUAUUGGAAAAGCAAAGAAUUUAACUUUAUUGUUCCUGCAUAGCAAUCGGUUUUCGGGAGAAAUCCCACCUGAGAUCUCUGAGGCUACUAAUUUAGUCAGGAUAGAUCUUAGCAACAAUCUCUUCUCCGGUUCAAUUCCAUCUGAGAUUGGAUACUUGAGAAAACUGAGUCAGCUAUCCUUGCAAGGAAACAUGAUUGGUUCUACCAUUCCCGAGUCAAUUUCGAAUUUGAAGUCUCUUAAUGUGCUUAACCUCUCAAACAAUCUACUCUCCGGGGAGAUACCCAGCAGCCUCUGUAGUCUGCUUCCAAUAUCUCUAAACUUUUCAAACAAUCACCUUUCUGGUCCAAUUCCUGUACCCCUCAUCAAAGAAGGGUUAAUUGAUAGUUUCUCCGGCAAUCCAGAUCUUUGCAUUCCGAUCAAUCUGAACCAUACCAAGCCUAAUCUUCCUAUUUGUCAACAGUCAAAAGCCAGCAGGCUGAUGAUAAACAUCUGGGUUAUUUCAAUCUCUGCAAUUCUGCCAAUAUUUGCAAUCUUAUUAUUCGUUAUGCAUUGCUCUAACAGAAAGAACAAGGUCAUCAAUUGUCGCUCAUCAUCUUCCUUUUACUCCUAUGAUGUAACGAGUUUCCAAAAGCUCAACUUCGGCCAGCAUGAGAUCCCCACAGCAUUGAUUGAUAAGAACAUUGUGGGUCUUGGAGGAUCUGGAACAGUUUAUAAGAUUGAGGCUAGCAAUGGGGAGUGUGUAGCUGUGAAGAAUAUCAUGACAACACAAAAAUUUUGCCUUGAGAGAGAAUUGAGGGCAGAGAUUGAGUCUUUAGGAAGCAUCAGACACAAAAACAUUAUAAAGCUCUACUGUUGCUUCUCAAGCUUUAAAUGUCAUCUUCUCAUCUAUGAAUACAUGGUAAAUGGCAAUCUCUGGGAUGCUCUUCACAAUCACUGCAGCUUCAUGAACUGGCCAAAAAAGCGCAAGAUCGCGCUCGGGAUUGCACAAGGCCUAGCUUAUCUUCAUCAUGAUCUCUUGUUCCCGAUCGUGCACCGCAACAUCAAGAGCUCCUACAUACUCCUUGAUGCAAAUUUUGAACCAAAGAUUGCUGAUUUUGGAAUAGCUAAGGUCUUGCAAGCAGGAAUUGAGGACUGCUUAUCCACAACUAUUAUUGUUGGCACUUACAGUUACUUGGCCCCAGAGUAUGUCUACUCAUCUAAAGUGACUACCAAGUUUGAUGUGUACAGCUUUGGUGUUGUACUAUUAGAGCUGAUAACAAGGAAGAAGCCAAAUCAAGUUGGGUUUGGGGAAAGCAUGGACGUCGUUUCUUGGGUCCAGAGCAAGUUGCAAAAUCAAAAUGGGUCAUUGGAUGUUUUGGAUAAAAAACUGGCAUGGAGUCCCUUCAGGAAAGAGAUGUUGAAGAUGCUGCAGGUAGCACUGCGUCGUACCUGCAGUAUACUAUCACUUCGGCCAUCGAUGAAUGAGGUUGUCCAGCUCUUAAGAGAGCUAUGCACAACAUGAUUAGACGAUGGCAGAACAUCAUUCACUCCCAGUAACAACAGUUCAACAAUAAAUCCAAAAUUUUUCUCAUGAUUACAAGAUUAUAAGCACUAGAUUCUACUACUGGCUGAGAAAGCAUUACUUAGCAAACAAUUUUAUAUCUCCUAAAAGAAUUGUUUUCCCUCGUCAUGUCUUCCUUGUUUUCAACUCUCGAUCUGGAAAUCCUUUGAAGAAUCAUUAGGAAAUGAAGCUUUGUAUUUAUGGAGCAUCUGGUGCCUUUGUUGAACUUACAUGUACCUGGAAAUGCUCUAGCUACUCUGACAUUCUCCAACUUGCACUUUUUUUUCAGACUUUAAACAAGAGGGGAAUGAGAUUGUAUGGCUGUGAUUAAAAGUUGUCUUCUGGUGUUUGGCAUGUGUAAGUAGGUUGGAAUCGUUUGGUGGGACCACUUCAUGUGAUCAUCCAUUAGAAAAGGUGGCAUAAUGAACAAUGAGCUGAGCAAAUCUCUACUUUGUUAACAAAUAAUACUU